AUGGCCGAGAUAUACCGAAGAGUUUAUGUGUCAGAGCAGGCAUAUUGCUACAACUGUGAUUCGUUGCACGAGAUAGGACUGCUGCAGCCGGAAGUCAGGCUAAAGAGGAGACCGAAGAGUCAGAUGCAACGGUGCCCCUCUUGUCAUCAAUUUAUGGAGACGACGAAGCAUUCGAGCGGGAAACCGAAGUGUUACAAGAACAUGGAUGCGAUCUUAGACGAUUGCGUGUCGCAGAGGUACGAGUUGUCGCCAAUUCAAGUCGCGUGUGGCUUCGGCACUUCGAACCCGUAUCAUCACUCGAGGAAAAAACAGUCCAGCGGUCAUCAGUGCCAACGGAUGAACGACGAGGACCAGAUCUUACUGACCAACAUGGACGGCUGUUGCGCAUAUCCGCAAUCCAUGGAGAAUGGAUGCUCUUACGAUCACUGGAUCGAUUACAAAUUAGCGGAGGAGUUCAGGAACAAGAGAGAAUCGAGGAAUUCUAGACAACGCAGGAAAGAUGAACUGGAGGAUGAAACUGUUCCCUGUCGGCGGAAGUCUGAUCAUGAAGAUUCAGGUUACUCUAAAUUAGGGUUUGACCUGUCGCGAUACGACACCUUGAAGAACGUGGAUGCAGGAACCGUCGAGAAUGAUCUGGAGGAUAGGAGAACAAGGAAGAAGUUUCACAAUCGUCCGAAUUUUGGGAGAGGAGUGAACAUUCCAGAUUACUCGAAAGACAGGCCUUUAGCGAACCAAGACAUCGUAGAUGCGAUUAAGCACAAACCACGCAAACGGUCUACUGUUCGGAAAUAUACCGUCGGCAGAGGCGAGGAAGAUUCAAAGAAUAAGAACGAGAUCGUAGAAGAGGAGGAAGACAGGGAAGCGGAGAUAAAGAAAAACAUCUAUGCUGGUGGUGAUCUGAAUCUCUGCGCUACUAAGAACCUGAUCGUUGGCUUGAUCGACGAGGCUCUUAGCCAGGACUUUGGUUCGUCGACGGAUCAACCAAAGAACAGCGACUCGAAUCGUGGAUUAACGAAGCAAGAACCUUGUGUAGAGAUCAUGCACGCGUUGCAGGGUGACUGUUGGGAGUCCACGAAAGACCUUCUCACACAUCGCGGCCUGAACGCCGAAUGCCUGAAGCAGUUGAAGAUGUUACGGUGGGAGCAUAUGAACCGGAUCCAAAACAUGUGCAGCAAGCUCUGCAACCUGCAGAAAUUCUUGGACUCGUACUCGCCCAGACUGUCGAUGUCCGCGCCGCAGCAGCACGCGGCAGCGGUCGAGCAACGAGCCGAGGAUCGACAGCAACAGCAACACGAAGAGAAAUAGAGACCGGCAUUCCAUGACCGAUGGAAAUUACCGAGCGCGUCGAACCACAUCGAGAUCUCGUGUAGCACGAAUAAUGAGAGGCUCGAGUAUUACGGUAACGCGGACUUCCUCUCCGGAUCAUACUUUUAGAUGACUCAUUUCUUUGCUACAAUAUAUUUUCCUAGCGAUUUACGGACGACACAUGUGCGCUGGAA